AUUAUAAUGCCGAUCAUCGAAGAAGUCGACGGACGUGUGAACUCUGAGGAUUCCGAUGAUACCGACGAUGAGAUGCCCACUCUCGAGACGACUGGUCAGGAUGACAACAACCAGCAGCAGCACCCUAUGAGGGGGAAGCUUAACAGAGCAGAGAAGAAGGCUAGAAGGGCUAUACAGAAGCUUGGCUUGAAGCCGGUUCCUGGUAUAGUCAGGGUUACUGUUCGUAAAGGGAAGGAGAUGCUCUUCGUGAUAUCCCAGCCUGACGUGUUGAAGGCGGCUGGGGGUGACACCUACGUUGUUUUCGGAGAGGCCAGAAUAGAAGACAUGUCGGCCAUGUCGCAGGCCGCUGCCGCAUCCCAGUUCACCAGCAUGCCCGAGAUAUCCAAGGUUGACCCCAGCCCCCACCCCAUACCGUCCCCCGCUGAAGAAGACCAAGACGAAGGUGACGAUGAUGUUGACGAGAGUGGCGUCGAGGCUAAGGAUGUUGACCUAGUUAUGAGUCAAGUCAACUGUUCUCGAUCGAAAGCAGUGAAGGCUCUGAAGGAUGCUAAUAAUGACAUAGUUGAGGCGAUCAUGCAACUUUCCCCGUGAUGACGAAGUUGAUCCCAUGUGGUAGGAAGAGUUUCUA